AUGUACCCCACCCGCUCUGCCCCCACACCCCCCCGAGCCGACCGAGGCGACCGUCGGGAAGCAUUGCCAGCCGACCACCCAUUCACGGACCCCUUCCCUUACCACACCCCCUACCAACACAACUGCUCUACUUCGUCGCUGUCUUCUUCGGCUUAUACGCCUUCUGCGUCAACUCCUGUUUCUUCACGUUCACCGAGCAGACGCGCGCCUCAGAGCCCGACGGCCCGUUUGGCCCAGCCGCUCUCGCCUGCGAGGUCUGCCUCCCCUCCUUCCAUCUCUACUACCAACCCCGUGCCCCCUCCCGCCCCGGUGUAUACCACCCUGCCGACCGAGCUGUCUUUGUUCGACGCGCGCCCGAGGCAGACAUUGUUGCAGGAUGUGGAAUACAUCCUCGGCAAGAAGAUGCACUUUCCCUUCCUUGCCCGAUACUCUUCCUCCUCCUCCUCAUCAUCAUCAGUAGCGAAGAAAGAGAAGAAGGCAGCGAAGAAAGAGAAGAAGGCAGCGAAGAAAGAGAAGGGGGCGGAGAAGGAGAAGAAGUCGCGGAGGCUAUUGACGAAAGAGCGGGCGUAUGACGACGACUGGGCGAUCUGGGCGGGGGUGGACGAGUUUAUGGAUAGUCAGGCAGUAGUAGUGGAGGAGAAGAAGAGCAGGAGGGGGGUGAGGGAGGGGAACUGGAUCUAG